AUGUCGUUGAAACUCAGCACCCCGUUCCCAAUUGUCGCGCCAUCUCUGUUCCCAAAUUCGAACCCAAGCGGAAUUCGAUUCUCCAGAUGGGGCAACGUAAACGCGGAGCAGCGAAAAGUCGGUAGAUCUCUCUCCCUCUCUCUCGCUCAUAGUAGCAGAACGGAUCAAAUUCGUUGCGGGAUAGCAGGAGGAGGUGAUGUGUUAGAAACGGGAGUGUGGUGGGACCUCAACACUUGUCCGGUUCCGGAUGGUGUAGACCCUCGUUGUGUCCGUCCGUGUAUAGUAUCUGCGUUGGAGAAGCAGAUUGGUCUUUCUUCAGUCAACGUCUAUGCCAUAGGAAACCUAGAAUACAUCUCUGCUGACCUCUUGAAAAAGAUCUCUUCCUCUGGAAUCGUUCUUAUUCACGCCCCCUGCGGUGGGAACGACUUAUACAAUUUGCUGGAAGACUGGUCUGAGGAUACACAUCCUCCGGGUUACGUAAUGCUGAUAUCCCAAGAUAUAACGAUGGUUGAUCCUUACCUUUUUCGGGGUUUUGGAUUCACUAAUUUUGUUGUAUAUCCAAAACAUAGUGAGCUACCUACCCUUGACCAACUCAAAGAUGAGAAAGUGUUUGCCAAAGAGUUUGUCUGGGAAACUUUGUUGAGUGAUAAUUUCGAUGAGUAUGUCCGGGGAACUUUAUUGAGUGACAACACAUAUGAGAUGGUCGUCAAACCUCUCUGCAUUUGCAACAUAUGCAAUGAUGUUUACCACACAUGUGACGAAGCAUGUGACCAGUUCAUCACUCAUCUCAAGAGUGAAGAACACAUAAACGAGUUGUUUAAUUAUGUGCCCAUCGGCUGCAAAGAUAAGCCUAAACAUUUUUGCGAAGUUUGCAAUUAUCCCGCCUACGACGAAUAUAACCUGUUCCUCCAUAACCAAAGUGAAGAACAUAAUCGCAAGCUGGUUGAGAAACAGGCUCAAGAAGAGGAGGAUUGUGAGAGCAGGAAGAGAAAUCCACAAGUGGAUCUCUUUAACGAGGAGCCAUCUCUUGAACGAGGCAAACAUGAAGACGCAGCCUAAGGAAGAAGACGAAGAAGCUAGAGUGCGUCCAUCCCCAUGGGGCUUUGUGUUAAAAAGUUUACUAAAUAAUGGAGUACUUAUUUAUUUAUUUAUUAUUAUUAUUAUUAUGACUAGGUAAGGACCCCGUGCGAUAUCGUAUGGAA